AUGCACCCCACUCUCACCAUUCUCGUGCAUGUGGCCGCCGCCGCUGCCCUCAGCCUCGGCGGCAUCGUCGGUCAGUCACCGGCGCUUGAGACGCGGCUCCUCGCUUUGGCGGCGGGAAGCAACCUUCCUGCGACGGUGUCGGCGUUCCGAGCACUGGAGGAGGCCGCUCCGCCGCCCGCCGACCUGCUACGUAGCAGCCCUGAACGCCUGGACGGUCGCUGGUCGCUGGUCGCGACGGUCGCGGCGACUGUCGGCGAGGACCUCGCUGAGUCGGUCGACAGCGGAACUGCGCGUGCGAGCGUGGUGAACGCUUCGGGCGUGGUCGUGGAUGCGUCGGAGGGCACCCUCCCUGUCCAGGAGGUGGACGCGAAGCGGCGGCGGAUUGGCAACGAGGUCGUCCUCGCCACCCCGCUCGGCCGCGUGCUCGUCCGCGUCGCCGGCGCCUUUCUAGAGCCCCUCUCCUCGAAACCUCUCCUCGGAGCGUCCCUGAGCGCCUUCCCUGACCCUCCUCGCAACUGCGCGUUUGAGGCCGCGGCGCCGCCCGCGCCCGGCACGCGUGCGACGGUGUCCUUCGACUCGCUCGAGGUGUUCACCGAGGGCGCCGACGACGCGUCGUGGCUGGAGACCACGUACCUCAGCGACAAGGUCCGGCUGGGCCGCGGCAACAAGGGCUCGGUUUUCGUCCUUCGGAGGCUGGACGACGGAGGGGGUGCGCUAGCCGCGUGGCCGCUCUGA